CUUGCACAGCACUUAUAAAUAGAAAGGAAGAGAUUGAAAAUUAAAACUCAAAUGGCUUUGUCUUCUCGUGUAGUCUUCUUUGCCACUUCCAUGGUUUUGCUUUCCUCAAUUGCAUUAGCAACUGAUCACAUUGUGGGUGAUGAUAACGGUUGGACUGUUGAUUUCAACUACACUCAAUGGACUCAAGACAAAGUUUUUCGUGUUGGUGAUAAUCUUGUUUUCAACUAUGACAAUUCGAAGCACAAUGUUUUCAAAGUGAAUGGUACAUUAUUCCAGAACUGCAGUUUUCCAGCAGAAAACGAAGCACUUUCUACUGGAAACGAUAUCAUUCCAUUAAAAACCGAAGGGAGAAAGUGGUAUGUUUGUGGUAAGGGUAAUCACUGUGCUGCUCGUCAAAUGAAGUUUGUCAUCACUGUUUUACCAGAAGCUGCACCUGCUCCUUCUCCUCCACCUUCUUCUGCUGCUCAUUUUGUUGUAUCAUCUAUGUUCGGUGUCGUCGUGGCAGCCACGGUUGCUAUUGCACUCAUCUUUGCAUGAGAUCUAGACUUAGAAGAUUUAUAUUGUUAUUGAUAUAAGAGUUUGUGUUAACCUCUUGGCAAGAUAUAUUGCUAUAUUUGUUUGAUUUUUUUUUUCCAAUUAUUUAUGAUUAUUUUUGUUAA